UUUGCAGAUUUGGGGUGGAAACAUGGACCACAACCCAGCCGCUGUCAACCCAUUCCAACUGUUUGACGUUCCGGUGGUUAUCUCUUCUCAGAAUGACUCCCACUGUUUCGAUGACGACGGUCGUCUCAAACGAACCGGAACAUUAUGCACCGCCAGUGCACACAUAAUAACAGCGGUGAUUGGCUCAGGGGUUCUUUCUUUAGCAUGGGCCGUUGCUCAACUCGGCUGGAUUGCUGGCCCUGCUGUCAUGUUUUUGUUUUCCUUCGUCACUUACUACACCUCUUCUCUCCUCACCGAAUGUUAUCGGACCGGAGACCCCACCUCCGGCAAGAGAAACUAUACCUACACCGACGCCGUUCUCUCCAUUCUCGGUGGAUAUGAAGUGAAGGCAUGCGGAUUGAUUCAGUAUCUUAAUCUUUUCGGCAUUUCGAUCGGAUAUACGAUCGCGGCAUCUAUAAGUAUGAUGGCAAUAAAAAGGUCUAAUUGUUUCCACAACAGUGGUGGGAAGAACCCUUGUCACAUGUCUAGCAAUCCAUAUAUGAUCAUGUUUGGUGUCUCCGAGAUCUUACUUUCACAAAUCCCGGAUUUUGAUCAGAUAUGGUGGCUCUCGAUCGUCGCUGCAGUCAUGUCAUUUACCUAUUCCGGCAUCGGUCUCGGUCUCGGAAUCGCCAAAGUCGCAGCCAGCGAAACUUUGAAGGGCAGUCUUACGGGAAUAAGCAUUGGAACAGUUACACAAGCUCAAAAGAUAUGGAGGAGCUUACAAGCCAUUGGCAACAUUGCUUUUGCAUAUUCAUUUUCUGUCAUUCUUAUUGAAAUUCAGGACACGAUCAAAUCCCCACCAGCAGAAGCAAAGACGAUGAAGAAGGCAACGAAACUCAGUAUUGCAAUAACAACAACUUUCUACAUGUUGUGUGGCAGCAUGGGCUACGCCUCGUUCGGAGACUUUGCACCGGGAAAUCUCCUCACCGGUUUCGGCUUCUUCAAUCCUUUUUGGCUCCUUGAUAUCGCCAACGCUGCUAUAAUAAUCCAUCUUGUGGGAGCAUACCAAGUUUUCUGCCAACCCAUUUUCGCAUUCGUCGAGAAAUGGGCGACCCGAAGAUGGCCGGAAAGCUACUUCAUCAUAAAAGAGUUCAAUAUCCCGAUCCCCGGACGCCGUAGUCCGUACAAGCUCAACAUGUUUAGACUGGUUUGGAGAACGGGGUUCGUGAUGACGACCACCGUUAUAUCGAUGUUGUUUCCUUUCUUCAACGACGUCGUGGGGAUCAUCGGGGCACUCGGGUUUUGGCCUUUGACGGUUUAUUUUCCGGUGGAGAUGUACAUUCAGCAGAAGAAGAUUUGCAAGUGGAGCAGCAGGUGGAUUUGUUUGAAGAUGCUAAGCAUGGCUUGCUUGAUGGUUUCGGUUGUGGCUGGCGCUGGUUCGGUUGUUGGAGCAUUCUUGACCUUAAGGUUUACAAUUUAAGACUACAUACUAAAACAUUGCAUGCCCUUUGACAUCGGAAACCAAAAUCAAGA